AUGGUAACUGACUCACUUGAAGCACCUCAUUUGUCUUUUGUUCAGCCGUGCCACGCUGCGCAAGAGUGGAACACGGAGAUUCGCCACAGCGGUCGAUGGUUCAAAGAUUCAACGGGACGCACGCUGCUGAUGCGUGGGGUCAAUGUAUGCGGUUCAUCCAAACUUCCUACUCAUCCAUAUCCCGGCUCCACUCACUUGUACGAUGAAAAACUGUUUUGGGACCAUCGCGGUGUGAGCUUUGUAGGCCGGCCAUUUCCGUUAAAAGAAGCCGACGAGCAUUUCAACCGGUUGCGUGCCUGGGGGUUGACCUUGAUUCGUUUUUUGGUGCCUUGGGAAGCGCUCGAACAUCAAGGCCCGGGACAGUACGAUGAAGAAUACAUCGAUUACUUACGAGAACUGAUUGCUCUCAUGCCGAAAUACGGCUUGAAAUGCAUGAUUGAUCCCCAUCAAGAUACGUGGUCCCGGUUUUCCGGCGGUUCUGGUGCACCAGGUUGGACGUUUGAAGUCGCCGGGAUGAAUAUCCGCAAUUUCAAAGAGACAGGCGCAGCGUAUGUUCACAAUACCAACGCCGUUCCAGGUGAUCCAUUGCCCAUGGUGUGGCCCACCAAUUACACCAAAUUGGCUUCAUGUACCAUGUUCACAUUAUUUUUCGGAGGCGAUACGUUUGCUGCUGAGCACACGUACCAAGGUGGUUCGAUUCAACAAUUUCUGCAAAAGAGCUUUAUUCAGGCCUUUCAACAUUUGGCGAAACGGCUAGUCGAUCUUUCAGCCGUCAUGGGGUUUGAAGUGAUGAAUGAACCGCAUCCUGGCUACAUAGGGCUUCCUACGUUGCGUGAAUACGAUCCCAUUGUCAAUCUGAUCUUUGGAGAUUCCCCGUCCCCACUUCAAUCCUUUGCUUUAGGUGACGGUAUACCCCAAGAAGUCGGUGUAUAUAUCAAGUCCUGGCCUUUCCCGACCAAGCGGUCUCACACACGUACGAUCAAUGCUAGCCGAACAUCGGCCUGGCUCGCCGAUCAAUCAUGCAUUUGGAAACAACAUGGCGUAUGGAAACUGGACGAUGCUGGUCAACCCGUUCUUCUUGAUGACGCCUAUUUCUCCAAAGAUCCCAUUACAGGAGAAACCGUCGAUUUUUACCGAGAUUUCUACGUUCCAUUCGUCAAUCAAUACGCUCAAGCCAUUCAAAGUGUAAAGAAGAUCUGGUACUGCUUUGUCGAACCCUUGGCCAACGAGCGAUCACCUAUCUUUACAGAAAAAGACCAUCAUGAUCACAUGGUCUAUGCACCGCAUUGGUACGAUCUGAAUUGCGUAUUCUACAAAAAAUUCAACGGUCUCAUGACACACGAUGUCCAGUCACUGCAAAAUGGUGGCAAUGUGCUUGGAGCGACAUAUUUCGGUCGCAAUGGGGCGAAAAAGAAUUAUCGAGGUCAGAUUCGAAAUAUCAAGGAAAGUGGAUUGCAAAAUAUGGGAGAAAAGCCCUGUCUUUUGGGUGAAGUCGGGAUUCCGAUGGAUCUGAAUGAACGGCUCGCUUUUGACACUGGUGACUACAGCUACCAUGUGCAUUUUAUGGAUGCCGUCAUUUAUGCUCUUGAGACCAAUCUAGUCAACUUUACUUUAUGGAAUUAUGAUGUCUGCAACGACAACGAGUAUGGUGACCAUUGGAACGGUGAAAACUUUUCCAUCUAUUCGUCUCCCCGUGAUGAUGCGGUAGCAGGUUUGACGUUUUCGACGGACGACGCCGACUUGCAUACUCGACUUCAUAAUGGCGGCCGAGUCCUUGAUGCUGCAGUGGUACGUUGGAAUCAACUCUUUAAUCAUGGUAGCUAUGGACUCAUUCAUAUCAUCUUCUUUUUCCUGGGUCCACAGCGUCCGUAUGCUUCCAAAGUGGCAGGAACGCCCACCGUUUCGGAGUUUAAUAUGGAUGCAUUAGAGUAUACCUUGACGUUCCAGCCAUUCAGUCAAGCCGAAACAGAGGAACAGAUCGCCAGCGGUUUUGAUGCCAAUGACACAUUGGCCACAGUGACUGAAAUUUUUAUUCCUGCCUUCCACUACAAGGAUGUGUCCCUGGAUAUCCAAGCCAGUUCAGGCGAGUGCCAUUAUGCGCCAGACCGACAAACCGUAUACCACGUAUACGAACGUGGUCAGGGUUGCGAUAUACCGGACGUAAUCACUAUCAAAAUCAAGAGCAACAAAUCUACCGCUGAAGGAACAUGUAGUAUUAUGUAG